AUGGCGAAAGUAGAUAUCAAUGGUACUGGUCUACCUCCUCGUCCAACUUCAUGGCGUUUGGGCAUCGUGGCUCUGAUUCUUUUGAUAAACAUUAUAUCAAUUUAUUACAUCAAUGGUGCGUCAAACUUUAGAUUUGCAAAUGAAAGAAAAGAUGGUGUAUUAUUACACUCAAUGGAGAGGGUACCAUUGGAGACAAACCCUUCUGAUGAACUUGCCGUAUUAGAUACCCCGACUGCUGAUUAUACACCUGUGUUGUUCAAAAGAAGUUGGCGAGCAGAUAUAAUAGAUGGAGCCGUUAGUACAUUUUCUGAUAUUGUCACUGGGGCUAAUUUGAUCUAUAGUGGUGGCUGCACUUCUACCUUUGUUGCACUUCUGGGUGUUACUCUACCUGGUAUUGGUGGUGCUGCGCUCGGAACAUGUUUAUGGGUAGGUUCAUUGCUUGCAGCUGCUAAUUUUGUAUCCUAUACUCUUCUAAAACAUGGUAAUAAUGGAGGCUGGGAGUACGAUAGUGACAGUGCUACAGCUCAUAAGCGGAGUUUCGAUGAAAGAAACUUAUUAGGCUUACCUGGUUAUAGGCAUAUAAUUGGACCUCUAUAUACUCAAAUCAGCGGUGAUACAGAUGGCCAUUCAGAAAGGAUGCUAAGAGACAUUUCGCAUGAACAUGCAAAUAGGGUUUUGUCUUCAUCUGGACUUUUUUCUAAUGCUACGGGUGCCUUGAUGCACAUUGGCUACCAAUUUAUUCUAAACCAUGAUACUUAUAAUACUACAGUUAUUACAGAUAUUGCUGGACAUGCUGAUGCAAUUAACACGUACCUUACUUGUCUCCCUGGUGAAUAUUGCUACUCAGUUUCUAAUACCAAUAAUAAUACUCUGACGAAGCGUGAUGAUAAUGGGUUCUGGCUCAGCUACAACGACUGGGGAGAUAAUCUCGGUUAUGCGGCUGACUGGGCAAGCUGGGGUGAGUUCACUAAGGCAGCUCAGGAAUAUCAAGGCCAGGAUGUGCUAGGUGCUAUCCAACAGAUACAACCUUGCACACAACAACAGUGUUAUGGUAUAUAUAAUAAGUUUUGCUUUGCAGGAGGUUUAUCCGCUACUAGAGGAGAAAACUCUGCUUUUGUUGGUGAAGUAUAUUACACGGCGUUUGGUGGUGUUGAUGGUGAUUGCUAUAACGGCUAG